AUGGAAGAAGACUACGACGAUCGCGAUCGACGCAGGUCAAGCGCGACCUCGCCAAUGAGCCGUCGUGCCACUUCAGCGGCCGAGUCCUCGACUGCUCGCGAUGGUGACGGUCUUUCCGAGAGUUUCCAGUCCACCGAUACCGUCAGGAGGCGACCCGAGGGCUCCUACGGCACAAUUACCAACACUCCUGAAUCGCGACCUUCUAUCCAAGACUCGCCACAGACUCCUCGUCAGUCGCAGCCCAGUCGACCGCCUGCCAUCGACCGUACCAAGUCGUUUCCACGUCCGCGAAAGCCGCCCCUGUCUAGGCGCCCAUCAUCCACCACUCCCCAUCGCGGUGGGGUCUUCUCGGCCCAUGACGAUACUCACGAGGUGGAAGCAGACGCUGUUGGCCGCGGAUACACUGCCAGACGGCGCCAGCCACCUCCAACAACUCUCUCUCGUGUGCAGUCUCAUCGCGACGAGUCUGACGCAGAGCCUCGAGCUUCGGGUACCCGCCCAAGCUCCGUAAAGGACGAGGAUGAAGAUGACGUUGACGAAACCGACGAGCAUGAGCAUGAAGACCUUGGACUUGAGGAACAUGUCGACUGUGACUCUGAAGGCGACCUGAGCGAAGCUGAGAGCUUCACGCUCAAAGACCGACAGCAGGCCAUCAACCAGACGCACCCCUUUGGUAUAAGGGUCUGGAAGCCUGCUCUAUAUAAAAAGGACCGUUCUAUCCAAAAGUCUGCAGAGGGUGACAUUCAUUCCGCCCCAGGGGGCAACGUCAAUAAAUGGCUCGUCUUGUUCAACCUGGUCUGGACACUCUGCUUUGGUUGGUGGAUGGCCAUGUUUGCUGCAUUCGGCGCCAUCAUGUGCCUGCUCUUUGCUGCGGCUUCCAGCGGUAGAGAAUACGGCCGUGUACUGUGGGGCCUUGCAGGUUACCUCUUUUAUCCUUUUGGCAAGUAUGUUCGUCUUGAGAAAGAUGAGCAGUACAUGCACGAAGACGCAGAUGAGGGUCGGAGCAUCUCCGAGUACGAGCAGUGGCAAAGCGGCGACUUGGAGUACGGCAGACUUUUUUUUGGUCCCGACCGCACUCGAUCGAUUAUUGGACGCUCGCGAAGUAGCGUUGAUUCGGUACGUGACGAAACCGACAGUCUACUCGGCCGUGGAAGACGCUCCGAUAACACAAACCAUCCACGGAUGAAGCGAAGAUUAUUUGGCCGAGGUGAAUGGAACAUUGGCCGUGUAAUCUUCUUUCUCUUCUUCUACUUUCUCAUUACGCCAUCUCUCAUUAUUGUGUCUCUGACUUGCUGGUUUCUCGUCUUUUGGAUCCCCAUGGGCAAGGUCACCAUGCUACUAUUUGACCACUUGCGCCGUCAUCCACUUGCUCUUUCGUUCGAAUCUCAUCUGGACUAUGCCAGGUCUACCGAUAGCUCUGAUUCGUCUAUUCUCCUCUGCACCUACCGUGCAGUAGGCAUCAAAUACUGGAAGUAUACGAUCGACGGAACCAACAUCUUCCUCAUCAAUCUCGUGGCCGUUGUUUUCUUCGUCAUUUUCGAUUGGGCUGUGCUUGAUCGAAUGUUGCAUUUGAACAUUUUUGUCACUGGGCCAGCCUUUCUUUUCAUUGCGGGCUUGGUCUCCAUUAUUCCGCUCGCAUACUUUAUCGGCCAGGCUGUCGCGUCCAUUUCCGCGCAAUCUUCCAUGGGCCUUGGCGCUGCCAUCAAUGCUCUCUUCUCGACCGUUGUAGAAGUAUUUCUGUACUGCGUCGCCUUGGGCCAAGGCAAGGCUCAGCUUGUAGAGGGAAGUAUCGUGGGUAGCAUCUUUGCUGGUAUCCUGUUCCUGCCUGGACUUUCAAUGUGCUUUGGUGCUUUGAAGCGCAAAACGCAACGGUUCAACGCCAAAUCGGCAGGUGUUACCUCGACCAUGCUGCUCUUUGCAUCCGUUGGCGCUUUCGGUCCAACUCUCUUUUACCAAAUCUAUGGCACACACGAACUACAGUGCCUCGGCUGUGAGGACUUUGGCGACAUUGGUGGUCAUCCUGAAGGUCGUGACUGUCGACGUUGCUACUUUUCGCAGGCGCCAGCUCUUGACGACCGAUUCUAUCUCGAGGCUGUUCGUCCAUAUUGCUACAUGGCCGCCUUUAUGCUCUUCUUCUCGUAUCUCAUCGGUCUUUGGUUCACUCUCCGCACGCACGCCGCCGUCAUCUGGAAUUAUGAAGUGGAGGAGAAGCGUCAAGAGGAACACAUGCAUGCAUCAUCGGUUUUGAGACACUCCCAGCCCUCUGCGGCUGCUGAAACAAGCGGUGCAGAUAUCCGAGACACGAAUCUGUACAAGCGUAUCCUAGGCCAGUCCUUGAAGCAAGUAGGUCUAUCUACGCAAGACUCUGCCCGCCGGACCUCGUUGAGCAGCACAGACGCUGUAGCAAACGGGGCACCCAGCACUCUGCACGUUGUCCCGCCCAAGAGCGUUGGCAGCGACGGUCGGUCUUUGGGCAAGGCGGCCGCUAGCCUCGGUCAAGGAGACAACUCUGCCCUGGUUCGCGAAGUUGCGGAAAUCGCCGCGACUGCUGCUACGAUCGCGUCGCGGGAUCGCCAUCACAGCCGAAAGCCAUCUUUUGUGCCCCAGUCCACAAAGCACACGGCAUCCCGUGCGGGUGUUUUUGACGAUGAUGGUGCUGGGCACAGUACCGCUGGGCACGGCGGCCACGACGCGCCAAAUUGGGGCCGUGGAAAAAGUUCAUUUAUUCUUCUGUCCGCGACCAUACUCUAUGCCGUCAUUGCCGAGAUUCUUGUCGACACUGUCGACGUUGUCUUGGAAAAUUUUGCGAUUGAUCAAAAGUUUUUGGGCAUCACGCUCUUUGCGCUUGUGCCAAACACGACUGAAUUUCUGAAUGCCAUUUCGUUUGCCAUGAAUGGCAACAUUGCGCUGUCCAUGGAGAUUGGUUCUGCGUAUGCUCUACAAGUUUGCUUGCUUCAGAUUCCUGCGCUCGUGCUGUACUCUGCACUGUAUCCCUACAGUGGUCCGACCGACGACAGCAGCGAGGCAGCCAUGCACACCUUCUCACUGUUGUUCCCGCAGUGGGAUAUGGUGACUGUUAUUCUCUGCGUAUUUCUGCUCAGCUACGUCUACGGCGAAGGAAAGAGCAAUUACUUCAAGGGCAGCAUCCUGAUCCUCACGUACUUGGUUGUGGUGAUUGGAUACUACUUCAGCGGAUAUACAUCAGAUGCUAUGGGUAUGGAACGUUUCGAUGUCAUGGGUGCCGACGGAAAGUAUUCGUCUUUCAAAACGAUUGGUCGCACGACCAAGGGACGAGCAUACUAA